UUAUCGCUAAAAGACUUUACUCUAACCCAGCAUCCGCCUCUUAAUAUCUCCACAUUAGUCAACAUGAAAUAUUCGGUACUGGCGUUGUGUUUUAUUUGUAGCUGUACAACUCUUCAGAUUAAUAAAAACCCUCUGGUUUAUUUACCCAAUGGAUCAAUUUUUGGAUUACAAUCAACAACCUUACAUGGAAAAAUAUACUAUGUUUUUGAAAAAGUACCAUAUGCGGCACCCCCAAUUGGUAAAUUACGAUUUCAAAAACCGCAACCACCGCUAAGUUGGAACGGUACACUUAAUUGUACUUACUUGGAUGUGAUGUGCUACCAACUCAAUCCAGUCUCAGAACUAAAGCAAUCAGAAGAUUGUCUAUACCUUAAUAUUUAUACACCACAGGUACCAUCAGAAAAUGCAAUUAUAUCGCUUCCUGUCAUGUUUUAUAUACACGGUGGAGGCUUUGUCGAUGGUUACGGCGGUAUGUAUGGACCAGACUUUUUCAUGCAUGAAGACGUCAUUUUGGUCACAAUCAACUAUCGCUUGGGACCUUUGGGGUUUUUAUCAACACAAGACGGAGUAAUUCCCGGGAACAAUGGUCUAAAAGAUCAACAAUUAUCCCUUCAAUGGGUUCACAGACACAUUAGUUUAUUUGGAGGCGAUCCUCACAAAGUAACUGUUUUUGGACACAGCGCAGGAUCGGCCUCCGUUGGGUACCACCUUCUGAACCCAAAAUCUCAAGGCUUGUUUUGGGCAGCCAUAUGUCAAAGCGGGUCUCCACUAGGUCCUUGGGCGUACCAACGUUGGCCAAGAAAAGCAGCUUUUAAACUAGCUUCAAUUUUAAAUAACACUGUUGUAACAAAUAGUUCUGAAGAUUUAUUAAACUUCCUCCAAGGGGUAACAGGAGAAGAAAUUUACGCAGCAGGCAAGAUUUACAACAACUACAUUUUUAAUGGCAGUAGUGAAGAUAUUCCAUCCUUGGAAGGUAUGAAUUGGGCACCAACGUUAGAAAUAGACGGCAAAGAUGCUUUUAUAUCCAAAAAAAUGUACGGAUUGAUUGAGUCUGGGGAAGUGAUAAUAGUACCACUACUUAUGGGAUUUACUACUGAAGAAAACUUAAAUUUUCAUUUAGCAGAUAAGCAAGAAGUGAAAAAAACUAUGCAGAUGUAUGACGAUGAUUUAGCAAACCUAGUACCGGUGGAUAUGGAAAUUGAAGAUAUGUCUCUUCGUAAAGAAAUGGGACGCUCAAUAAGAAAUAUGUACACAGGGGGUGCUCCUUUUUCUAAACGCUUAGGAACGGGCAUUAAAUUUUCUAGUGACAACGACAUGACUCGACCGAUAAUGAAGCAAGCAGAACUGCUUUCAAAGUAUUCCAAAGUAUAUUUUUAUGUUUUCUCGUUUCAUAGUCGGUCUGGUAUGUACCAUGUUUCCUAUGACGGGGCCGAAAAAGUUGGGCACGGCGAAGAACUAUUAUAUUUAUUUUGUUUACGUAUUUACGAUAAGUGUGAUUUUAGUGGACGUCCCAAGUCUGAUCAAGUUACGCGAAAAAGACUUGUUAAAGUGUGGAGCGACUUUGCCAAAUUUAGAAAUCCGAGUCCUCAAAUUUCUGAUUUACUUCAAAAUAUUUCAUGGCCUCAGUUAACAGUGAGAGAGGAUACGUUUCCUUAUGUAGAUAUAGGGGAAAAUAUAACUAUCAAAAACUAUCCGAACAAAGACCUCUACAUUAAGUGGAAUAAAUUAUAUGAUAGCUUUAAUCGAGAUGAUUUGUUUACUCAGUGUUGGAUUGAGGACAUAGGGGUCCACCGAGAAAUUUACAAAGAUCCUGUGUUCGUUCCAACAUAUACGUAUCAGUCACGUUCUUUAGUUUAUUAUAUGAACAUGGAAAAGUUUAUCUUACUUGUUUUAUUUACUGCAAGUCAAACGGGGGCUUUGCUAGGGGCCCCCGAAGUCCAGUUGCCAAACGGACUUAUUCGAGGUCGUGAAGAUACGACAAUUCAGAACAAACAUUAUUACGCUUUUGAAAAAAUUCCAUAUGCCACCCCUCCACUUGGUGAACUACGCUUUAAAGCACCCAUCCCACCUUCAAACUGGGAGGAACCUUUAGACACACUUGAUUUAGACGUCACCUGCUAUCAAGAAAGAACUAAUGCUGAUCCAGAGUCCGAAGACUGUCUUUAUUUGGCCGUAUUUACUCCAGAGCUUCCUGAUGAAGACAACAACGUUUUGUUACCAGUAAUGGUAUUCAUUCAUGGAGGAGGAUUUGUUGGAGGAUCUGUUAGACACUUGUAUGGCGACCGCAUUAUUAACGAAGACGUUAUUUUUGCUACUUUCAAUUACAGACUGGGUCCUUUUGGAUUUAUGUCAACACAAGACGAGGUAAUUCCUGGUAAUAAUGGACUUAAAGAUCAACAACUAGCAUUAAAAUGGAUCCACAACAACAUCCAACUUUUUGGAGGCGAUCCUGACAAGAUAACGAUUUUUGGCCAAAGCGCUGGAUCUGCUUCUUGUUCCUAUCAGUUGCUGAACCAAGAAUCAAAUGGUUUGUUUAGAGGUGCUAUCUUAGAAAGUGGUACUUUUUUGAGUCCUUGGACUUACCAGAGAAGAGCCAGAGAAAUCGCGUUUGCAACAUCUGCUUUCUUAAACGACACUUUUCAAACAAACCGCGACUCACAGGCGUUAUUGGAGUUCCUCCAAAGCGUUGAUGCAAAGGACUUAGAUACUGCAUCAGAGCUGUACGAUUCUUCAGAAUGCAGUCCUGAGGAUAUUGAAAUACUUCAAGGUUUUUACUGGGCCCCUGUGAUAGAAGUAAAAAAUCCUGAUGCUUUUCUAACAAAGAAAAUGUACGGGUUAUUGCAAGCUGGCAAUGUAGUAGCGGUCCCUGUUUUGAUGGGGAUGACAUCUGAAGAAGGAAUUUCCGGCAAUCAAGACCCAGAUGCUUUUAAAGCGAAUUUAGAAGCAUAUGACGAAAAUUUGGACUGGCUGGUCCCUAAUGAUAUGGCAGUAACUGAUAAGACAAAUAAAAUGGAGAUCGGUCGCCAAAUCAGAGAAAUAUAUACAGGAGGAGAACCUUUGGCGGAUCAUUUAGGUGAUGGUAUCAGAUAUUUCAGUGACACUUCCUUUACAAGACCCAUUAUAAAACAUGCUGAAUUCUAUUCCCAGUUUGCUGAGACUUACUUUUAUCAGUUUUCUUAUGAUGGAGAACUGGGUCACUACAGUGUUCAUUAUGAAGGGGCUGAAAAUGUUGGACAUGGUCAAGAACUGGCGUAUUUCUUUUGUAGAGGCACAGAUUGUGAUAUUACGAGUUACCCAGAAUCCGAUCAAUUGACUGGAGAAAGACUAAUCAAAAUUUGGACCAAUUUUGCCAAAUACCAAAACCCAACCCCUGAACCAAUCGAGUUAUUGCAAAAUUUAACUUGGCCUGUGGUUUCCAUAGAAGAUGGCGACUUUUUGUACGUCGAUAUAAACGAAAAUCUAGAAAUAAAGAACCAUCCCAAAGAAGAAACUUACAGUCAGUGGAUUAAAAUUUAUGAUAGUCUUGGAUACAGCGAUUUUGACACAUAUUAGUUGUUAUUGUAAGCUUUGUAAUAAAAGAGGUUAUUUAUUUAAUAAGU